AUGAGGUGUCCCCAAUGUAUACGCAAUACGGCGGGCGCGGCGGCCACGGCGCGCACCUCCGUGCUUAUCGAUAACGGAUCUCCUCAUUUCGUCCGGUCUAAACCUAGGAAGCUACUCCUCUCGACCUCCGCAGGAAAGACCGCAGAAGACAGCGCCAUGUUGGCCAGAGCUGCUCUUCGCUCGUCGAUUUGGAGACGAGCUCCUCUGCCUCGUGCUCGGCAGCUUCAUGAUCUGCAGAAACAUCCACAGAGCCGGUUCUUGAAGGUAUCGGAAGAGGUACGCGAUGCGGUUGCAACAGGAAAGCCGGUGGUCGCAUUGGAGACGACCAUCUAUACUCAUGGUUUCCCGUACCCGGACAACAUUGCUCUCGCCUCUCUGUUAGAGUCGGUUGUCCGACUCAAUGGCGGUGUCCCUGCCACCAUAGGCAUUCUCGGUGGUGUCGCCAAAGUUGGAAUGAGUGCAGAAGAAAUCAUAGAGUUGGCCUCGACAGCGGAAAGCAAAUCCGCCUUGAAAGUUUCGCGCAGAGAUCUGGGAUACAUCUGUGGCAUGGGCAUGACAGGAAAGCACAUCCACGGUGGCACAACGAUUUCUGGGACGAUGAUUUUGUCCGAACUUGCAGGGAUUAGAAUCUUCGGGACUGGUGGUCUAGGUGGUGUCCACCGUGGAGGGAGAACUCCAUGGAUAUAUCUGCUGACAUGCCUCAAUUCAGCCGAUCUCACCGAGCUGGGACGAACACCCGUCACGGUCAUCAGCUCCGGAUGCAAGAGCUUCCUCGACAUCCCGCGCACUCUCGAAUAUCUCGAGACCGAGGGCGUUUGUGUAGGCACAUUUGCCGAUGGCCGCGAUGGCGCCGUCGACUUCCCUGCCUUCUUCACUCGCGACAGCGGCGUGCGCAGCCCCCGGGUGAUUCAGAAUGAAGCCGAGGCCGCCGCUAUCGUCUACGCGCAAUCCAAGCUCCCAGUGCAUUCGGGCAUUCAUUUCGCCAACCCCGUCCCUCACGAGGCUUCCGUCGCCAAGGCCGAGAUGGACCGCAUCAUUGAAGAAGCCGUUCGUCUCGCCGACGUAGAAGGCUACAAUGGCAGCGAUAACACCCCCUUUGUGCUAGCCAAAAUCAAGGAGCUGAGCGGUGGAAAGAGCGUGAUCGCCAACCGUGCCUUGAUUGAAUCCAACGUCAAGCGCGCCACGCAGGUCGCCGUGGAACUGGCCAAGCUGGAAGACCUUGACCGGGGCUCGUCGGGACCUAUGCCCGUGUUCACGAAAUCUGAGCAGACCUCGGCCUCAACCUCUCCAAUUCUCGAGCCUGUCACUGAAUCUGUCAAACCACCACAAAAGGCCGACGUCCUCGUCGCCGGAUCUCUCGCCAUUGAUCUUUCUUGUGACUACACACCCUUCGGCUCCGAACGCGUCCAAGUCGCACCACUUCCCCACACAUCCAACCCAGCCGUCAUCAGCCAAAGCCUCGGCGGCGUAGGCCACAACGUCGCCCUCGCAGCCAGCUAUAUCGGCAGCGAGGUCCUGUUCUGCAGUGCGGUAGCUGACGACCUCAGCGGACGAGCAGCUCUGGCAACACUAGAAGCAGAAGGUCUCAAAAGCGACGGAAUCAAAGUCCUCCCACCAACAAUCGGCGCCCGAACAGCUCAAUACGUCGCCAUCAAUGACGCAAAGAAAGACCUUCUCGUCGCAAUGGCAGACAUGGGCAUCGUCGAGCUCUCAGAACAACAACUCGACUUCGACGGCUUCUGGGAUCCACUACUCGAACGCACAAAGCCGAAAUGGGUCGUCGUCGACGCAAACUGGCGUGCCGACGUCAUCACGAAAUGGUCCACGCUCGCCCGCAAACAUGGCGCACGCGUCGCCUUUGAGCCUGUCUCGACGGCGAAAUCCCGCCGGCUCUUUGGUCGCGAUGCAACGGGCGUAGGCGCGGCCAUUGGACCCGGUCAGACUAUUCCCAACCACGCCGUAAGCCUCGCCUGUCCGAAUCGUCUCGAGUUGGCUGCUAUGUACGCCACGGCACGAGAAACACUCCUCUUCGACUCCCCCGGAUGGUGGGCCAUCGUCGACUCAAUGGGUUUAUCACCGACCGGUUCUCGAGAACGUCUGGUCGCAGCAACAUCUGCUGCCCUCGUUGACGAAGGUCUGCCGCAGCAGUCUAUCCAACUUCUCCCCUUCAUCCCUUGCCUGAUUACCAAGCUAGGCGAUGCAGGCGCUCUACUCACCCAGCUUUUGCCGCCGGGUGACCCACGCCUGAUGGAUCCCGAGUCUGCGCCGUAUAUACUUGCGCGGUCAUCCCCGUCAGCCGAUGCUCCUUUUGGCGGUGUAUAUAUGCGCCUGUUCCCACCUGCUGCGACGUUGGCGCCGCAGGAUGUGGUUAGCGUUAAUGGGGCCGGGGAUACCCUACUCGGUGUUGUUGUUGCUGGACUUUCGAAGGGGGGUCUGCGGCGCGCAUUGAGGAUAUUCUUCCUGUGGCGCAGGAGGCGAGUCGGAGGACAUUGA